AAAUUAAAUGGUCUAUUUGGGAAUUAGAUGUCUCGUGUUCUUCCUAGAAUAAUAGGGGAGAGAAACUUGCUUUGACACCCACGCGGCCACGCCGGAGAGUCGGAGGCCGCAGAUGGAGAACGCGGUGGUGCUCCGGGAGUGGUUCGACCGCGUGGACGCCAGCCGCACCGGCAACAUCACCGCUCCUCAGCUCCAGAGCGCUCUCGCCGUGGGCAACCUUGACUUCCCUCUCUCCGUCGUGCAGCAGAUGAUAAGGAUGUAUGACUUUGAUCGGAACGGAACCAUGAGCUUCGAAGAGUUUCUGGCUCUUAACAAGUUCCUUCAGAAGGUGCAGAGUGUCUUCUUCACCCUAGAAAGGAGACAAAUGACACAUGCUGGACAAUUCUCGUUAUGCUUAUUCUUUUAUUUAUACCGUAAGGUGAGUGUUUUCAUUUACAACGCGUACAGUUUUUGUUGUUUAAGUUUCUUUCUCGUUAACUUCAGGGGUCGUGGAUUUCUUAGUCUUGAGGAGGUGUAUGAGGCAUUAAUCAAACUUGGUUUCUCAUUGGAUUCACCUGCUUUCUACACAGUUUGUGAGAGCUUUGACAAGAGCAAGAAGGGGAUGGUUCAUUUGGAUGAAUUUAUAUCACUUUGCAUUUUUGUGCUAUCAGCUCGUAACUUGUUCAAUUCAUUCGAUACAAGCAAGCAAGGAAGAGUGAGCUUGGAUUUUAACCAAUUUGUUUACUGCACGGCGAAUUGCAGGAUAUAACUUCUACUUUACACUUGUACAUGGAAACACAGACAAAAAUUCUGCAAUGUGAAGCGCGAACCUUUCACCAAUCAAAUCUCAGCAUCGGCAGCUGGUUCGUAUUGCAAUUUGCGAAAGAAGGCUUCUUUCAGUUCGUUGUUUGCGAAACAAGGCUUCUUGCCGCCAUUUUGCUUGAAUUUCUUCAAGAUCGGCUGUUCGGCACUUUGUGUAAAAUUUACAAUAAUCCUGGGAUGUAUAUAUAGAAUAAGACAUGGCAAUCUGUAGCUGUAUUUGUAGCAAUAUCAAGUAAUCUAGACAUACACUCUUUUCCAUGUGA